UUCGCUCGCAUCGUAUUAUUUAUACUGGCCGGGUCACUAAUGCCUAAAUUGACGUUAUAAAUAAAACGUUACAAAACGUCGUAAAUUAAUUGUAAAUUAAACGGAUCAUUUCUGGUUCCCGUGACCUUACAGAAAUGUUUCUGGAAUUACAUCUAUGCAUACAACGUUUCGCUAACGUUGUAUGCAAGUUUUGCAAACACCGCAAGAAUGUUGGAAAUGGUAUGACGUCGUAUAUAUAUAUAUAUACAUAUAUAUAUUUAUAUAUAUAUAUAAAAGGUAUAAUUGAAUCGGGACAUUUCUGGCUGUUUACCGAACAUUUAUGCGACAAAACGUCGUAUAAUGCAACGUUACAUAAACGUCGAAUGAUUUUGAUUAGCAGGAGAUAACUUUCAAGCAUCACAUGUCUUAUUUUCGUUUGCAAUUGAUACAUAUGAAUCGAUAUAUCAGGUACAUACAUGUGAUUCAGCGUACACAUAUGAUAGGAAUAAAUCGAUAAAACGGGAUCACUGAUUUAUUGAUUUGUUACGCAAGAAGAUCAAAAAUAAUUUUACGAGCUGUUGCGUAAGCAGCUUGCAUCUCUUAUUAACGCGUCGAAUGUUAUUAUCAUCUAACCGACAAACAAGAUAUUUAUUAAUUGCAUACACUGUUUAUCAUAAGAGAUAAUAUUGAAUAAAGUAUUGAACGAAAUCAGAAAGAUAAUAAAAAGCUAAAUUUAACGUUUUUUCCUUGUAUUCAACAUAUAAAUAGUGCGCCAAAAAUGCAGUCUCAAUGAAGCCAUACGUUUGCACGUAUUAUCGCGGGCGUUAUUAUUACGCAGUGACACUGCGGUCCACAACCUUUAGAGGCACGGGCGCAAUUUUGUAUAUUGUGAAUUUAAAACAGUAUCCGUACGCGAGGUGGCGCCACAUUCGAGCCAGGACGAAGUCGACCGAAGUUUUAUUAUUCAAGUUUAUCGGUGACAACGGUGGUCGACGCGACGGUGACGCAAGCCAGCGUGCUACGGUCCCACGGUAGUUGCCGCGCCGUGUGAAUGUGGACUGCAGAGGGCCGCGGACGCUCAACAGAAGUGGUGGCAGUCACGGUGACGGGGGAAAAAAGAUUUUCGUUAAAAGAUUCAUCUCGGAAGAAAUAGACUAAACGGACACGAACGGGAUGUACAACGCCAACGAGCAGACCAGCAGAAGAGGUUUUCGCGUCUCCACUGCUGUGACUCUGCGUGAAUGCAGAGUCGUCAUCAUCGGCAGUAGGUGCAGGAUAUGCGGCAAGGACUUCAAAUGCGAAAGCGACGUCGCUGUGCAUACACGAUGGCGGCACAACGCGGCAGGAUUUGGUUCGUUGUUGGACAUCCUGGACCACGGAAUAAAUCUUGGAGAUAUCGGCCAGAAAUGCGAUAUGUGCGACAUGUCGUUCGGAAUAAUCUCGGAUUUGAGGAUUCACAAACGGUUCAUACAUAAACAUAGAUCCAGGCAGAAGGGAAGACGUCGGAGGGAAAUGGUGCGUGUAAAAUUCAAACUCAACGGCGUAACGACGACUGACGUGAGUCUGGAUCGGAGAUACAUAACGCUGCAAAACAACCCCGAGACAGAACGGUGUCUCGUCGGCGUGUACACGCAAACUCCGGAGCCCCUCGAAAGCGAGAAACGUCAGGAUGAUUGCGCUGGAAAUAUCGAUUUGUCUCUCCCGAACCAUGUUGUGGACAAGAGUCACAUGCAACAUGGUAUACACAAAGCUGCGAAUCGAUACAUUGUAGGUAAAUUCGCGUCUACAAAAGGCGACGCGACAGCUUGUCGCGCUGUCGUGGUGGGGAGAAGUCUCGUAGAGAUCUCUAAUACACCGCACAAAGACACAGUCCCCGAUAGCAAUGGUUCGUACGAAAGUUACAAAAACCAUUGUUACCUCACCUCUCAAGAAACCGAAGCUGAUAUGUUUAUCAAACCUUUUGCCGAUAGCAUAGACCACGAUAAGGAAAAUGCUCCAAGGGCGAACCAGCGAGAAAAAAGAAGCGUGUAUUGUCAGAGUGAAAUUUCAUUCAAUAACAAUGACACGAAAGUUUAUCUCGUCUGCCAGCCGGAAAUUUCCGACAACAUGUCGCCUAUGCCUAAACAAAAUUCUUGGUCCAACAAAAGCCUUUGUUAUUCUCUCAAGUCUAAUGACGUAGCAGGAACCAAAGAAACUGCUGGAUUGGCCAAUUCUUUAAUAGAUUCCAGGGAAAUAAUUAUUAACAAAGAAAAGAAUUACGGUCUUGAUGGAGACGCUUUGUUGCGUCUGUCACCUCCAUUAUCUCGACUUAGCAAAAAAACUGAGUCAAUGAAAAAUAAUUUGAGCGUUGAUGAUGAUGUGCAGGAAGUAUUGCGAAUAACGAGAGGAAAUGUGCAAAGCGAUAUCAAUCACGAGUCGCCUAAUCGUAUGGAAAGAGAGAUAUUAGUACAAAACGCUAUAAGCGACACGUUUACGUUACCUCCGCCUCUACAGCAAGAACCGACUAUCUGUCAAGAAAAAUGCAGCGUCGCGUUUAUGAAUUUUGAACCAUCCGAUUAUCCGUCUUUCAGGGUUAUAACUGAAAACGAUUACGAGUUUGUGACGAAUUCGUUCGACAAAAAGCUUGGUAUUUAUUUGGAAGAUCUGCAACAUUACGGCAUCAGACUCUGCAACGAUCUGCCGGAAAUUAAUAACAAUUUUGAAGAGUACUCGUAUGCUCAUCAGAAUGUCUUCGGAACGUGGAAGUAUUCGGACGAGCUACCAUAUGGACUGAAAGCGAAUGACAACGAAGUAGCGGUUGUGUUAGAUUAAAUAUAUAUUACUUAUUGACUAGCUCUUUGGAGAUGCGACUCCAUACAUUUUUUCAAGGCCAAACAAUGAAUGUGCCAAUAUAUACUUUGCUUUUAUAUUAUUUUCAUUUUCUUUAAGUUUUGGAAAUGAAAUUAUGCAAUUAUUAAUAUAGGUUAUGUAUUUCUUUUUAUAUAAAUUCUAACUUAGCUUAUUUAUUUAAUUCGACCAAAAUAAGAACAAAUUUUUUGUUGUCUGUUUUUUUUCUUACUAUUAUUCAUUAUGUUUUUCCUUCCUUUCAACAAGUAACCUGUACAUGCGUGAUACUUCAAGCGAAUUAAUUAAGUGUGAUAUACAUACAAAGUUUCAAUUUUCAGAAGAAAAAUUUUCAUCUUAUCAUAAUAAAAAAAAAAAGAAAUUCAAUUAUAUGAAAAUAUUUAUAAUCAUAAAUAACAUAAUCAGGAUCUAAAAAAGUACUUGAGAAGUAUUUUUGACGUACUCUUGAUAUUUGAAUUUUUUAAUGUGAAUAAUUCACAAUUGUUAAUCUUGCUCAAUCUUUUGCUGCAGGAAUUGGUAGUUUUUAAAUGUUUAGGUUUUUAAAAAUCUAAUAAAAAUAACAAAAUUUAUAAAUGUUGUCGAUUAAAAAUGUUUAAAGGCAAUAAGAGAAAAAGCAAGAAUUAUUAUACAUUGUAAGCUUAAACGUUACAUGUUCUUUAAGUAUUUUUUCUUUUUAAUUUUUAAUAAGAUGGAAUAAUUAUUUUGUAAUAAUUGUAAUAGCCAUGUAAAACUGGACGAUUCUAAACGUCUUAUUUUACAGCUAUAUUCUUAUUUACAUGUAAUAUAUAUAUAGUAUUAGAAUAAAUAUAGAUAUAAAUUUUUAUGUUCUUAUAUAUUUUAUAAUUAAAUAGGUAUUUUACAAGGAACACGCGAGUCCACGUAUAUAUCUAUAUAGAAAAAAAAGUUGUUUUCAGAAAUUCAUCUGUUUACACGAUUUCUUUUUUGUUUUCAUCGUUUUCGUCGAUAUCGCGCACAAUGUAUGUCAGUCAAUAUUUCUAAGAGUAAUAAUUAUUGCCAAAUGUCGUUUUCCCUAGCACUUAGGUACAUAUGUAUAUCAGCGGCGCUCCUAUUUUUUUGAGAGGAAAAUACAACGUUAUAGAAAAUUGAUAUUUUAGGAUUUUUAACAUUCUACAUGUUUGUAAUAAAUAUUUGUUGAAAACCAUCAA